UGCUUCCAUGGCAACAAAAAACUCCACGGGCUGACUGAGCCGGAGGAGUACUAAAGUGAGGGGGAUGUGGGAGGAGCGACGCUGUGAAGUCCAGGUGGUCGAGUCUGUCUGCGUAAAAACGCACCAAACACACGCCGAACACUUACGAAACGAGUAGUGAGACAAGGCGACAUUUAAAGAAAAAGUCACACAGCGCCCUGACAAUUCGAACAUUGACUGAGCAGUUUUCAGAAGAAGACUCCUGCAUUCAGCCUCAGCGCUGCGUCGCCGCCGCCGACGCGACAUCUCCAGAGGGAAAACCGACUGAAAAGAAGUGACCGAAGAGUCAGGGCUAAACUUCUGACCCAACUCACUCUCCUUUUGAAGAGAAUUGUUUCAGCGAGCAGAGAAGAUAUGUUUAAGAAAAGCAAGAAUAAAGUGCUGGUGGAUUAUGCGUCAGAGGAAGACGACAUGUCCUGGCACCAUCAUCACUCCUACAAGGACAAAGAUAUAGAAGGAGAGGAAGAGGAGGAGGAAGCUGUCACUGGUGUAUCAAAGGAGGCCAAGGUGAAAAAGAUCAUGUCCAAGAAGGAGAGGAAGGAAAAGAAGAUGCUCUCCUCCAAAGACGACGAGCACUUUCUGUUGACCGGAGUGAAACUGGCCGACCGCAGAGGGUCUCACAAGAAAAUCAAAGAUGAUGAGAAGGAUAAGGACAAGAAAGACAAACCAGAGAAGGGCCUCUGUUUCUGGGAGAGCGUCUCCAUGACUAUGAGGCAGAUAUCACCCUCCAAAAAACUGGAGAAGAUGGAGGGAUGGGAGCCGCCUCAGCUGGACAACUUAAACGAGUCGGUGACCGAUGAAGGCCCAGAGGACAAGAGUGCCAAAGAGGACUCACAGGAGUCUCCCCCCGAGUCUUUAGGCCUUCCACUGGAAUUGGCCUCCUGGGGAGGACAGGGUGCAGAGGAGGACUCUUCCCGUUACGCGAACCUUUCAGACUCCACUGAUUCGGUCACGUGGACAGCCCGCGCCAAAGUCAAGCUGGCCGGCAUCAGCAGGAUGAGCAGAGGGAUCGUGUCGGACAUGGCGUUUAAAUAGUGGCUGUUUAACGUCUGACGCCCUCGUCUGUGCACCGUCAGUAACGGGGACGAAAGCCUGAAGCAGACGUCUGCUUGUUUUCAUGGUCCAGUUUUUGAAAGCAGUGUUAUUGCCAACUCUGAUGAGCUGCUGUACUGUUGUUAUGUUCUGAAACACAAAGGCCACAAAGUUUGUCCUUGAAGAAAAACAUAAUGUCAGUUUAUAAACUGGCAGGACUGCGGCUUUUCAAUCACUGGCCUAAAUUGUAAAUACAAACAAAUGAAAGCCUUAAACUACUGCACCGUUUUCACUCUGGUAGCCACUGGUCUGGCUUAUAUAUAUAUAUAUAUAUAUAUAUGUUUGAUUGACAAUUGAUUUUUGUGUACUUUUGUGGCUGUUAGAUUAUUAAUAUUAGACAAUAUGUGAAGAAUACACACAAAAAUAUCUACUUAACAGGAGAAUGGCUUUCAGUUUAUAUCUAUGCAAUUACAAAUGUCUUAGUUGAAGCCUUAAUCUAUGCAUCGAGAGUGUGAUUAUGAAAGUCUUCAUCAUCUGGCAUCUGCCCUACCAGUGUGUAUGAAUCAGGGGUUUGCAACACUCCCUCUACCUUUGAAAAAACAAAGACUAUGUCUAUUUUCAUUUAAUUUUCAUGAUUUCUUUCAAAGUGAACACUUCUUUUUUUUAGCGAUAGAGGCGAUAAAUGAAAGUGGUUUAACGUGUUGUCCACUAAAAUAUGCGUCGAAUCCCAUGUCUGUGUCCCACGACAUAUUUAAAACCUCCCAAAAGCGACAAACUUGUCCGGUUUUCAAAACAGCCAUGUCCACAUUAAGAUUCCUGUCCAUCCUGUCACAUUUAUAUUUAUUCCAAAGUGGGUUCCUUUUUUAUUUUUUUUAAUUUUCUCCAAACAAUGAGGAGGACUCAAUAAGUCUACAUGGUUCUAGGUUUUGCUUCCAAGUAGGCCGACAUGUGCCAGUGUAUUUUGGUCAAGACGGAAAAACAGUGAUGAAACGUCAUCAGUUUUAUUUUUGUGGUUCUUAAAUGUCAUAAAUGCAACAAACUGUAGUUCUUUUGUAUAUAGUUAUACAACUUUAUACAUGAUGUCAUCUUCAUUUCAUGGGGCAAGUUUUGCAGUUCCAGAUUGAAUUUAUUUGGGUGGACAAGGAACAAAAAAACCCGGCUUUUUUAAUACUAAAGGUUGCAGACCCCUGGUAUAAAAUUGUGUGUGUGUGCGUGUGUGAGUUACAGGAAAAAAAUGUCAGAGACACUGUGACAGAGUUGUAGAAUUUAUGAGUGAAUCACUGUUGGGAUUGUUGAGAUUUAGAGUCCUGCUGUUGUAUGAGAAGUAUAUGGUGGCAACGUUCCAUGUUUCAUGUCAUAUUAGUUACAAUAAUUCAUCCAAGUAUGAUAUUUUGACGCAACAGAUACAAUAAAUAUGUUGUUCCACGGAAUCACAUGAACACACAGUGUCAUAGACUUGAUACUUUCUGAAUACUUUCUGUGCAGUGCCUUGUGUCCAUAGAAUGACGUCACAUGUUUGCUGUAAAUCUAAAUUAGGCUGGAUCAUCAUUUGAGCACAGAGCUGUUGUGUACAUACACAGUGCAUCACAACGCCCGAACAGGACAGAGAAGUUUGCCUAACGUGUAGCCUUACACUCUACACUCACGAGUUGGUUACAUAAUUAUCAUAAGCUUGACCACCAGGGGGUGCUGCCAUGUUACUAUGCAGUUGGUUGAGAAAAUAAACAGGAGUUCCAUUUGCACAAUGAUUCUAAUUUUUUUUUUUUUCAGUGAACACAUUUUUGAAAAUUCAUGCCGUUUGUUUGUUUGUCUCUUCAUUUUUUUUUAAUUACAUUUUGCUGAAUUUGUUUGAUAUUAAAGUCUGCAGCCAUCGCAGCAGAAAUUGAAUUCAGAUUAUGUAAGUCCGCUUCAGAGGAUUCAUCAUGCUAUUUUGUAUUUAUUCACUAAAGGGUUGAGUCACAUUGUUUCAGAGCGGAAUUUCAAAUAAAAUGUUUCAAAGUUUGGAGUACA